AUGCCUGGUUUCUCGCAGGCUACCGAACUCUCCGCCUGGAAGGAGCUCCAGGAACACCACAACUCCGUCGGACGCAACAUUGUCCUGAAGGAGGCCUUCGAGAAGGACCCUGAGCGCUUCCAGAAGUUCAGCCGUACUUUUGCCAACACCGUCGACAACUCGGAGAUCCUCUUCGAUUUCUCUAAGAACUUCCUCACCGAGGAGACUCUCUCGCUUCUGGUCAAGUUGGCCAAGGAGGCCAAUGUCGAGCAGCUGCGGGAUGCCAUGUUCCAGGGCGAGCCCAUCAACUUCACCGAGAACCGUGCCGUCUACCACGUUGCUCUUCGCAAUGUCUCCAACCAGCCCAUGCAGGUCGGUGGCAAGAGCGUCGUCGAGGAUGUCAACUCCGUGCUGGAGCACAUGAAGGAGUUCUCCGAGCAGGUCCGUAGCGGCGAGUGGAAGGGUUACACCGGCAAGAAGAUCAACACCAUCAUCAACAUCGGUAUUGGUGGCUCCGACCUUGGUCCUGUCAUGGUUACCGAGGCCCUGAAGCCCUACGGCCACAAGGACUUGAAGCUGCACUUCGUCUCCAACAUCGACGGCACUCACAUCGCAGAGGCCCUCAAGGACUCUGACCCCGAGACCACUCUCUUCUUGAUUGCCUCCAAGACUUUCACCACGGCGGAGACCACCACCAACGCCAACAGCGCUAAGAAGUGGUUCCUUGAGACCGCUAAGGACGAGUCUCACAUUGCCAAACACUUCGUUGCCCUCUCCACCAACGAGGAGGAGGUCACCAAGUUUGGCAUUGACAAGCGGAACAUGUUCGGUUUCGAAUCCUGGGUGGGUGGUCGCUACUCCGUGUGGAGUGCCAUCGGUCUGUCCGUUGCCCUUUACAUUGGCUUCGACAACUUCCACCAGUUCCUGGCCGGUGCCCAUGCCAUGGACAAGCACUUCCGCGAGACUCCCUUAGAGCAGAACAUCCCGGUCCUCGGUGGACUGCUGAGCGUGUGGUACAGCGACUUCUUCGGUGCCCAGACUCACUUAGUGUCUCCUUUCGACCAGUACCUGCACCGAUUCCCCGCCUACCUGCAGCAACUCUCCAUGGAGAGCAACGGCAAGGCCAUCACCCGCUCCGGCGAGUACGUCAAGUACACCACCGGCCCCAUCCUGUUCGGCGAGCCGGCCACCAACGCCCAGCACAGCUUCUACCAGCUGCUCCACCAGGGCACCAAGCUCAUCCCCUCGGACUUCCUCAUGGCCGCCGAGUCGCACAACCCCGUCGAGGGUGGCAAGCACCAGCGCAUGCUUGCGUCUAACUUCCUGGCUCAGUCCGAGGCCCUGAUGGUCGGCAAGACUCCCGAGCAGGUGAAGACCGAAGGCGCCCCCGACAACCUGGUGCCCCACAAGACCUUCCUCGGAAACCGUCCCACGACGUCCAUCCUGGCUCAGAAGAUCACCCCUUCGACGCUCGGAGCGCUGAUUGCCUACUACGAGCACCUCACCUUCACCGAGGGUGCCAUCUGGAACAUCAACUCGUUCGACCAGUGGGGUGUCGAACUGGGCAAGGUCCUAGCCAAGAAGAUUCAGCAGGAGCUCGAGACUGCUGGCGCUGGCGCCGGUCACGACAGCUCGACCAGCGGCCUGCUCUCUGCUUUCAAGCAGAAGGCCAACCUCUCCUAA